UGGCGCAAAUAACACAAAACCUCUGUGAUCUGUGGCCAGACUUUAUGUGGCAUCCCUGCUUUUACCAGCUGGUUUCUGACGUCUCGGUUCAUCUUCAUUGUAAUAACAUAAUAAACAAAAUAGAAAUAAAAUUAUGGCCGUAAAUUUGCCCACCGGGCUCAUCAGUCACACCAGGAGGGUACAAAGUUUGUAUAAAAAAGCUAUUCGCCUGCUUGAAGCAUAUUACGAUGAACGUGAUGCGUUUAGAUAUCGCGCAGUUCUUAUGAGGAAAGAGUUCGAUGAUAAAAAAGAUAUCAAAGAUAUGAUCACAGCAUAUCACUUUAUUGAACUGGGGGAACAACAACUUAUUGACAAACAACAUUACCAUCCAAGGAGGUUUCCUGAUUCCCCUGGUGGUGUUGCAUAUCAAAGAGAAGUCAUUCCUCCAGACUGGGUUGUGGACUACUGGCAUCCUCUUGAAAAAGCUCAAUAUCCGGAAUAUUUUGCCAGAAGAGAGCAAAGAAAGAAGGAGUUUGUCAAGGCAUGGAUAUCUCAAUAUGGCCAAUCAACCGCAGGCCAUCAUUGAUUUUAAAAUAGUUAUCUUGUUGAUUCAGUAAUAUGAUAUAGUGCAAAUA